GUCAAUUGAGCACAAAAUGAGUCAAUUUGAGUGACAAAUGCAUUUAUACCGGAAGAAGCAAACAUUUUAUCAAGGUGAUUCAGAAGACAAAGUUGAAGAGCAAGAAAAGCCGCAUCUGCCAGACAAAAGUGGCCGAAGGCGCCCAAAUAGGCGCCCAAAAUGGAGGCCUUCGCGGCCGCCUACGGGAAAAUUCAGAAGUCAACCUCGCUUUGACUCGGGACCAGGAAAAGACCGAAGGCUGCCGACACUGGACAGAAGGCGGCCGCCUACGGUGGCCGCCUGCGGCACAAGGGGACGAAACCAACCACCGGUCGACCAGACAAGAUGGCAGGCGGCCAGACAGGACGGCAGGCGGCCGCCUGCUGGACCGCCUGCGGCGGCCGGGGUCCGCCGGGAUCCAUCGGGAUCCGAUCUGCCAACGAAAAGAUGGCAGGCGGCCAUUUUUGACAGAAGGCGGCCGCCCUCUGUGGCCGCCUACGGCUGACGAGACCGGCCACGAUCCGCUGUCGGCGACGGGACGGAAGGCGGCCAAAAUGAGACCAAAGGCGGCCGCCUGGUUGGCCGCCUACGGAAGGCGGCCAGAUUCCGACGGAAAGCGGCCGCCGUCUUGGGCCAUAAGAUCAGCUUUGAUUGUAGUAGGAAUGUCUUUGCCAUAAGAUCAGCUUUGAUUCUCUGUCUAUCCUCUUCAGUGUACUCAGCCUUUGUCUUCAAUCUUCGUUCUUGAUUAACAGGUGGGUUGUUUGCAUCAACGCCAUUCACACUUGCCCAAAUCUCAGCAGGUCCUUGGGUGAGGGAUUCCAGCAUAGCGGAAGAGUUAUCUUUACUUUCUAGAAAAUUUAAGAAUCUUGUUCUCCACAUCUGGUAUUCACCUCUCCUCAGAAUUGGGGGCCUACUGUCAUUACCAAGUGAUAAAGCAUCCAUCUUUGUAGUUGUUGAUUUUGAAAAAAGAUCGUUCGAGUGUUUUGAUCAGAUAAAA